AUGGCUACUGCUUCAGUAACAACGCCACUCAAGUCCCACACAGGACUCUUCUCCUCCCGGACCGCCGGCGGUCGCAUGCCUCUUACUCCAUCACCUCGGUCACGCUCUACAACAGUGGCUGUCAACCUGGAGUCAUCACCUUUCACGCCAGAGCGCACAAACCAAACCAACGCCCAACGAGCAUCCCAAAAGUCAGUCUACGGAGGAAACCUCUCAGCACACCUCGCCCGCUCGAGCGCCAAGUCAAGGCCCUCUCAGCAGAACUCACCCAAGUCCAACAUCGUUCGCUCUACUGCCACCCCCAAGAAGGCACUCGAGCUUGGUGUGUCUGACUUCACUUUGACCGGAACGGGCAGACACAACAAGCCCAGAUCCCCUAUCAACACAAAGUCAAAGUCCACCGCCUCCAAAUCAACCUCCUCCAAAUCAAGGACCAAAGCGGUUCCAACCCACGCCGCUGAUCGCUUCAUCCCCAACCGCGGCGCCAGCUCGGCUGUCGCUAACGCCGGCUCUGGGAAGCUCGACGGGCCCUCCAAGAAGAAGAAGAUCACCAUCAGCUCUGACUCAUCGGCCAUCCUGUCCGCAGCUGCAGACGACGCCAUCGCUGCACUGGAGAGCUUGAACAUCGAACACGAGGCAGACACUUCAUCAGACGACAUCUCGCGCCCCUCACCCAACACAGCCGCUUACCAGGACUCGCUCGCUAAUGCUUGUGGUGUUAGCAUGAACACGCGUAUCCUCGAGUUCAAGCCCGCUGCGCCCGAGUCAUCGAAGCCUGUCGACCUCCGUCAGCAAUACAACCGGCCCAUCAAGCCAGCCAACGCCAGCUCUGCCCAGUUCAGGCGUCGUAUUGCCACAGGCCCCGACCGAGUGUUGGAUGCACCUGGCCUCAUUGACGAUUACUACCUCAACCUCCUCGACUGGAGCUCUGGCAACCAGGUCGCUAUUGGCCUAGAGCGAAACGUCUACAUCUGGUCCGCCGACGAGGGUAGUGUGAGCUGUCUGCUCGAGACAAGCCCUGACACUUACAUCAGCAGCGUCAAGUGGUCCGGCGAUGGCGCCUACGUCGGCGUUGGCCUUGGGUCUGGCGAGAUCCAAAUCUGGGACGUCGCUGAGGGUGCCAAAGUCCGCAGCAUGUUUGGCCAUGACACCCGCGUUGGUGUCUUGGGCUGGGACAAGCACUUACUCUCCUCUGGCGCACGAAGCGGCCUGGUCUACAACCAUGACGUCCGCAUCGCCGAGCACAAGGUCGCCGAGCUCGUGUCCCACACCUCUGAAGUCUGUGGACUCGAGUGGCGCUCUGAUGGACAGCAACUUGCUACUGGCGGCAACGACAAUCUCGUGUCCAUCUGGGAUGCUCGUUCUCUGUCCGUGCCCAAAUUCACCAAAACCAACCACAAGGCUGCUGUCAAGGCCCUUUCCUGGUGCCCUUGGAACACGAGCCUACUCGCCACCGGAGGUGGUUCUUACGACCGACACAUCCACUUCUGGAACACAACAUCUGGAGCUCGGGUGAACAGCAUCGAUACGGGCUCCCAAGUCACCAGCCUGCGCUGGAGCCCUCACCACCGCGAGAUCGUCAGCUCGAGUGGCUUUCCCGACAACUCACUGACCAUCUGGAGCUACCCAACACUUGUGCGAAACAUUGACAUCCCUGCUCACGAGAGCCGAGUGCUACACAGCUGCCUCAGCCCUGACGGACAAAUGCUCGCUACUGCAGCCGCGGAUGAGAGCUUGAAAUUUUGGAAACUCUUCGAGAAGAAGCCUGGCGCGACUGGACUCGCGGGUGCCGGCUCUUCCAGCAAGGCCGCCAUGGUCAAACAAAUGACGAUUCGUUAA